UCGCUUCAAAUUUGAUCUAUUGUGCAAAUAAUAUUCGCAUUGUUCACCUGUCAACUGUAAAGUGUUAGAGAAAUGUAGGCCUGAUAAUUCUGUAUGUAAAUUUUAAAGAAAUGGACAAACAGGACUUCUGACCAAUCAGAGAUCAACGUGAAGUGUCUUCGACUAAUUAGAGACAAGCUGCGCAGAGCAUGCUGGGGAACUGUACGUUUCCCUGCGGCGUUUGUGUUAUUUUUGUUUUCCAUAUGUAAUUAUUUUAAUAGUCAUAGCCAUUAAAUAAAUGUGGUAACUUAGAGCGCAAAGUCCUUAGAGCUGAAAGUCCACUUGAAACCACGCUGGUGAAUCUGUGAAAGGGAUUUUUAAAACUUCAAUUGCAAGUCGUGCGUUUUACCAUAUGGGGUUGAAUGGGCUUUCUUAGCUAGCUGCUAACUCAGUUUUCCGGUUGCUACUUAGUGGCUGUGAGCUCCGAAAAUAUAUAUCAGUGAAUUUGCAUUUGCAAAUCAGAGUUUGGGAUUUUUGCCAAAGUCGGUCUGGGUCUGCCGUCAAAAUAACAUACAGCCGAAAACCUACAGAAACCUUAGUUUUGCUAGCACUGCACUGCUAGCCAACUGGCUAAUCGAAUAGCAAGCCAGUUAACUUUGUGCGCAUACUUGGCGCUGAGCUCGAAUCUGUCGUAUAAAUAUAAUAAUAUAUAUAUUAUAAUAUAAUCGAUACGAUUUUUAACGAGAGAGCAAACCAGUAACAAUCGUAGGUGGUGAUUAAAGUAACUUGAUAAUCUCAAAGCUGUCUACAGUUUCUGCUUCUCUUCGCUGGCUAACCUGCUAGCGCUGAAUGGUAAACUGUAUUCGGAGCGUAUAGCGGCAAAAUGACAUCAGCUUCAACCAAGGUGGGGGAAAUCUUUUCGGCAGCCGGUGCUGCCUUCACUAAGCUGGGUGAGCUCACCAUGCAGCUCCACCCUGUGGCAGACUCCUCUCCAGCAGGGGCCAAGUGGACGGACACCGAGAUCGAGAUGCUCCGCUCCGCCGUGCGCCGAUUCGGCGACGACCUCAACACCAUCAGCUCUGUCAUCAAGGAGCGCACUGUGGCUCAGAUCAAGACCACAGUGAAGAGGAAACUGUAUGAGGACAGCAGGAUGCCGCUGUCCUCGGACUCCGCCAAAAAGGUCGCCAAGAAGACCAGCGUCACCGUGGCGCCCGCUCCGGCCCCGCCCGCAGUCAUCACCGUGCCAACCUCGCAGGUGGUCGUGACGACGGGCCUGCAGAACCCCUCCCCCGCUCCCCCCGCCAUCAAGAAACAGAAGACAGCAGCAGACGUCACCCUGAGCGCGCUCAACGACUCGGAUGCUAACAGCGACCUGGUGGACAUCGAGGGGCUGGGAGAGAGCUCUGCCUCCAAGAAGCUCAACUUUGACCAAGAGAGCCUCAACCUGGACUCCAGCCUCAUCAUGAACUCCAGUGACCUUCCCCUGCUCUCCCGCUGACCCCCGACCUUUGACCCUCCCUCAGAGCUGUGUUCCAGCUGAACAUUGGGAAAUGAUGUUUUUUAUUGUGUACCUUUUUGUAGUUUACCAUUAUUGUUAUUUUUUUUAUGUACCGUAAAUAUUGCAGUGAUGUUUUGUUUGAGAUUUUGCGUUUGUGUGGACAGUAUUCUCCACACAGAACCAACAGAUUACACAGUGCUUUCAAAGAGCUGCUUUCACAAAACAGUGGUAACCCACAAUGUUCCUGGUGAUCUACCAUUCUCUAAUUUGGCACACUUGCCUCUACCAGUUAGCUGCUCAACAAGUUCUCUAGCUGUUGAAUGAGGUGUGCUUUGUUAGGGUUGGGGUGAAAACUUAGAGGAUAGAUCUCCAGGAACAGGGCUGGCUACCACAGGCCCAAUGAAUGACAGUGUUCGCUGUUACAGAUUACACCUGCUGCGUGAGACUCCUGAUUUAAGCAAAUGUAGAUUUGUCCUGUUAAAUCUGGAUGUAACUGUGACUCAGGAAGAGAGAUCCGGUCCCUGGAUCUGGGGCUGGAGUUCCUGCUGUGCUGCUUCUGACAGUAAAUGGGUUUUUACAGA